AUGCCUCGUUUGGGUCAUGUAGCCUCAUUGAUAGCGGAGGCAAAGUCUGACCAGACGGACUUCCAUUUGGCUCGCAUUGAUCAUCAAGCGGCCUAUCGUCAAUUACCGCUCACCAAGCAGGAUGCAUCAUAUGCCGCUGGACUAUUCAUCCACACUGAUGGUUCUGUUCAAGUAGUGAAGCCACUAGUGGCUCCAUUCGGAGCUAUCGGCAGCGUGUCCGCCUACCUUCGGAACCAUGCCCUCUUGACGUCCAAGCUUACCGGCAAGACCUCGUUUUGCUGUGAAGCUCUUUUGGGCAGACUUGCUACACGAACUCUUAUCACUACCCGUGCUCUUCGACGAUCCACUGACGAAGAUUAUGAGGUCUGGGUGCCGCAAACUUUCAAGUUCGUCUCGUCGGGAUAG